AUGGCCAAGACUUUCCAAUUCCAGGACAUCCAAGUCAACUCGCCAGGCUUCGGCGCCAUGGGCCUGAGUUUCGGCCUGGGAAGCAAUCUGAGCUUGGAAGAAGCUGAACCCGUUCUACUUAAGGCAAUUGAGCUCGGAUGCACAUUCUGGGAUACAGCAGUUGUUUACCAGGCUGGUGUUAACGAGAAGCUUCUCGGCGACUUCAUCAGAAAGCACAACGUGCGGGACAAGGUGUUCAUCGCUUCCAAGUGUGGAUUUGACGUUUUUGGCUCCGGCGGUAUCACCAACUCUGCUUCUCACAUCAAGCAGUACAUCGAGGGCACUAUCGAGAGACUUGGUUUCACUCCUGACCUCUACUACCUUCAUCGCAUUGAUCCCAACACGCCCCUCGAGGAGUCCGUCACAGCGCUCGAUGAGAUCCGCAAGGCGGGCAAGACGAAGUACAUCGGUCUUUCUGAGUGCUCAGCGGCCACCCUUCGCAAGGCCAACUCAAUUGCCAAGAUCGAUGCGCUUCAAGCCGAGUACUCAGCUUUCGAGACCAUCCACGAGACUGACGGUUUGAUUGAAGCUGCAAAGGAGCUCGGAGUUGCAUACGUGGCUUACAGCCCCCUGGGUCACGGAUGGCUCGUUGAUGACUUCCAGUACAAGAGCCCAGACGACUUUGCACCCAACGAUUUCCGUCGUGGAAGUCCCAAGUUCCAAGGCGAGAACUUCUACAAGAACAAGGCUAUUGUUGAUGAGAUCAAGAAGCUUGCUGUGCGCAAGGGAGUCACGCUGCCUCAGAUUGCCCUUGCCUGGGUUGCCGCUCAGGGAAUGAUUCCUAUUCCUGGCACAACAAAGGCCAAGAGAUUAGAAGAGAACUGGGUAUCAAGAGACGUUGUUUUCUCCGACGAGGAGAGGGUGGAGAUGCGGAAGAUUAUCGAUGCGGCCAAGCCGCAUGGGAACAGAUACAACCCAACCCAGCAGGCUAUGGUUGGGCACUAA